AUGGCCUCUGCCCUCGAGCUGGGAGACAUCCUACCAACAUACAGGAUUGAUCUCGCUCUGCCACCAGCGGAACGGUACAAGGCUGUCGCCACGCUCCACCGCGACGACCUCGUCGCUCUCACGAGCAUCUUCGAUGGCCUCGUGACCAGCAUCGCGCCCAAUGUCUCUCUGGCCUGGGUGAAAGGCGUCGCGCGCCUCCUCCUGCGUCGCGUCUACUCAUCCGAGGAAACAGAGGAACUCCGCGGCAUCAGCCUCGUAACGGGCAUAGAAAUGUACCUCAUCAUUGCGCUGAAUGUCCUCCUCGACGUCAUGAUGGGCUGCACGAGCGGCGCGGCGCUGUCGAAGCGCAGCGACGGGGCGCGCCGCAUGCUCCAUUUCCGGACCCUGGACUGGGGUAUGGAUGCGCUGCGCCGGGUGCUGGUUCAGUUCGAGUAUGUGCGGGCCCCAGACGUUGAGAGCGUGCUGGCGACGAGUAUCACGUACAUUGGCUUUGUGGGUGUGUUGACGGGGGUCAGGAGGGGGUUGAGCGUGUCGUUGAAUUUCCGCCCGAACCAUGAUGAUAGUGGGUGGCUGAGGGGUCUGAGGUAUUAUGGGAGUCAGGCUCUUGUGUUGCUCGGUUGGAGGAGGUCGAUUUCGUCGGUGUUGAGGGGGUAUAUCGUACCGACGGAUGCUAUGAGGAAGGGUUAUUGGCGAAGGGUUUUGGGUUGGAGAGUGAGGGAGGCGUCACAGGGGGGCAUGUGGCCUACGCUGCGCAGUAUCUGUGACGAGAUACUGCAGACCCCCUCCACGGCAGCGUAUCUUAUUUUGUGUGAUGGGCGCGAAGCCACUGUGAUUGAGAAGGAUCACCGGACUGCAUUUUCGGACUCAAGUUCGUCAUUCAUCGUGGCGACGAACAGUGAUAAUCUGACGCCACUGGUGGAAUCAAAGGACGAAGAUACCGAGAUGCUGUUCGGUGCGGCAUUGGGCACAGGGGAGGCCAUAACGAUGGCAGAUUUCAUUAAAGAUAGUAAGGAAAGGAGAGCAUGUGUGCAAGCGCGCUGGGAUGAAAAGGUAGCGCAGGCGCAGCUAGUAGCUCGCAGUCGGAAAAGGACAACUGCAGCUGCACGUCAUGAUCCUCUGCGACGAACACGAUCAUCUCGACUGCAUGAAACAAGCUCAUCGGUCACCUCGCCAUUAACCACAUCUGAAGAGACUGUGGUUGAUGCAAGCGAAUCGCUAGAGGUGACCGCCUCGCCGGAUGAGAUUAUCGCUUGGACCGCCGUAUACCCUACCACAAACGAGAUGACUCAUUUCGCCGCCGUCUUGGACCCAACUGAGGGAAAAGUCCUUUGGAGUCGACGAUUUGUUGACCCUUUGGAGUUCUGA